AGGGCGCGCGUGCCUCGCCGUCGCAUUUUCGUAUUGCCGCUUGAGGGCGCUGUUUCUACUUGCAAAACGAAAACAAACAUGGCGACUGGAAGUGGAGGAAACGAUGAAGGAAGUUGGUGGGGAGGAUGGAUUCAAGCUGCCAAGGAAAAGUCUGCUGUUGCACUGGAACAGAUGAAGAGAGAUCUUGGUGAGUUUGGCAGCACAAUACAAAGAGAUACAUCCUCUGCAGUUGCUACAUCAGCUGGAGUUAUUAGGGAGAGUUUGCAGACUGAGCCUGAUGAGUCUUCAACAAGUAGCCGUGUCAAGAAAGGCUUUUCUGAUUUGCUAGGUGGACUGUCUGAAAGUCUUGCCCCUAAAAACCCUAGCAAUGAGGAGACUCAAGCAGUAUCUUCUAAGACUUCUCAUCACAUCUUUGACAGGGCAAAGGCUCGUCUACACUCCAUGCAAAUUGAUGCAGGUACCUACUGCACUGAUCCUGAAGGCCCAGCUCAUGUCUAUGAAGACUGGUUACUGUCCUUUGAUACUGACAAGUACAAAGGAGACAUCUCAGAUUUACUGGUGUCUAACACAGAUGUCAGAGCAAUUUACACAAAGUUGGUUCCAGCUGUUGUAUCUAAUGCUGACUUUUGGGGACGGUACUUUUACAAAGUGCAUCAGUUAGAGCAGGAUGAAGCCAGGAGGACAGCUCUCAAAGAGCGCGCAGACAUGACAUCAUCUCAGACAUUUGAUAUAGAGGAGCUUCAAUGGGACGAGGAUGAAGAGGACUCAUCUGCCACAGUGGGCAGUCUAGAGUGCAGAAACACUUCCAUGAAACAGCAAGACUAUGAUGACCGAGUAGCAAGUCCAGCAGGUAGCAGGUGGGUAGAUGGGGGACUGGAAUGCCCAAAGCCUAACGUUGAUGAGAAAGAUGAACUAGUUAUGAUAACAGCAACAGAAAGUGCGACUGAACAACCUUGCCAACACCAGAGACUAACAAAAGAACCUGAGACACAACCAAUGGAACCUGAGACUGAACCAGUGGAACCUGAGAUUGAACCAGUGGAACCUGAGACUGAACCAAUGGAACCUGAGACUGAACCAGUGGAACCUGAGACUGAACCAGUGGAACCUGAGACUGAACCAGUGGAACCUGAGACUGAACCAGUGGAACCUGAAACUGAACCAGUGGAACCUGAGACUAAACCAGUGGAUCGGGAAGACAAGACUACAACAGUAAGAACAUCAUCUUCAUCUGAACAGGAGCGAGAUACAGGAAACCAUUGUCAUGAACGUACACAGAGGGUCUUGGAUACACAGGGAGAAUAUGAUACUGAGAAUAAUCAACAAGGAAGAGAAGGGAUUCAGAAUAUGGAGCCAUCAGAUAAACAUGAAGAGGACAAGGACCAUACGCAAUCAGAAGACAGUAAUGCAACCCAAGCUACACACAGUAGGAGUAUGAAUGCUGGAGUGUUGAUGGUACAUGUACCUACUGAGGAAACUCAGUUGGAUAAACAGAUUGAGAAGAAGACUUCACCAUCUGGCUCUGAUGCAAGUAACAAAGAUUCAAGUCUGAGUGAUGAUUGGGAGAGAGACUUUGAUGACAUUGAUGUAACUGAGGAAGAUCUUGCAGCAGCAGCCGCCAUCCAAACCAAAGCACAGCCCAAUGAUGAUAAUGAGGAUGAAGACUUGGAUGACUGGGAGAGCUGGGAAUAAAUAGUGGAAGACUACCAACAAUAACUAGCAGAUAACUCUCACAUGUACCUACAUGUAUACUUAUUCAUUUAACUCAGAGCUCUCAUAAAUACUGAAUUCCAUGAAGACUGGAAAAGAAUCACCUGUCUAAAUGUUGCAUUCCUUGUCCUCAAUAGUGCGCAGAAGAGCUAUUAACAAAGUAGACUUGAGAAAGCAUAAAGCAUUUGUCCUGUUCAUGCCCAUGUUAUAUCUUUGCAGUGACCAUGCAAGUUGAUAAGUUAAGAUGAAGUAUCACGACUUUUGGGCUGUGUUACUGUGAGCAUGGCCAUGCAUGGAUGAAGGUACAGUUCUUCCUAGUUGCCUUCAUUAUUUGAUGUGAUCCAGUGCUCAGGUUCAUUCAUAUAACAUGUACAGUGGAACGCCGCUAUAACGAACAUCAUGGGAUCCACAGAAAUUGUUUGAAUAGCGAUCGUUCGGUAUAGCAAUUUUGAGCUGCUGGUGCUCCAACACUCAUUUUUCAAUAAAUAGUGCCCUUCAGAACUUCACCCUGCACGCCUUGGUAUUUACUGAAAUCCGAUUUCAGUAAAUUGAAUAUUUUUGAAUUAUGUUUACACAGUUUUUGAGCUCCUGUACCUACAGCAAUGGGUGGCUUCCCCUUCUAUUCCUUGGGGAAAUAAUAGCCACUUGUCGCUCUUCUGUUGACAUUUUUUCAACAACAAUGUUCGGAACGUUUUAUACACAAAAAUCGGGAGCCAAGCAUGAUGUUCGGUAUAGUGACGUUCCACUGUAUAUGAACAUUAAAUUAGCACAAGUUCCAUUGUCUGUACCUUUCAGAAAUAAAUCAUGUAAACAGCCAUUUGUGCACAAAGCAUCACUUUGGUGCACAGGCAGUAAUUUAUUUUCCUGUUUUAAGUCAGUGGCAUUGCUCAAGGAAAAUGUCGGAUCGAGAAACCUAAAAUGGGAUGAAGAAAAAAAUUGUGUAACAAAAAAUGUAUAAAUAUGUUAAUUUUGACCUUAUAUGAUAUAGAUAAAUUCUGCACAUAUGUACAAAUUCUGUGCAUUGACAAUUUGCCUGAUGAGACCAAGAUGGUGUAGUAGCCGCAAGUUAGGCAUAAGGCAGAGUUACAGGGCCAUAGUUUGUAUCGUUUGGGAUUGAAAAGGAACACUUGUAUGAUCAAGUAUAUGCACAUCAAGCUAAGUACAUUCACAUCAAGCUGUGUGGGUUAGAAUCACAAAGCAUAAUAUUUACAACGUGAACAUAUUUGAAAGGGGAGUUUAGGUGACCUUCGUUUCGAAAAACUUUCUAUAAGGUUUAUGGGCCUUAAUUUUAAAAGUUUUUAAAGAACAUUUUAAACACUUCUUAGUUUCAUAUCGAUUCAAAAUAAUAUCAGUUUUCCUUGUGUGUUUUUUAUUCUUUAACCAUUAAAAUUGAAAUUUCCUGCAACAAUUUCAAGCAGCACAUUUUGUGAAUACAGGCAAUUAAGAUAAUUAACUGCUCUAUUGUUUUACACAAUGUGAAAAUUCAGCUUUUUAUGUUAAUGAUGACUGAUACAUUCUUUCUCUGUAUGUAUAGGCACCCAUUAUCUUUCUGUGUUUGAAAUAAGCCUAAAUGUUAAUUAUUUGCCAAUUUACAUAAUGAGUACGCUUUUGUGUUGCACAAAGCAUGCAUGUACUAGUAUGAUAAUCCAGUCUGUUAACCUAGCAGUGGCUAGAGACGGUUAAGUUAGUCUAAUUUUCAGUCUGUAGAGUUAUCCAGAGGGGAUAACAUUGGUUGAAGAGCCCUCUAUUGACAAUGAGAACAUACAAGUCCGUAAUCAAGAUUGUGGUGGAACCUUCAAAUUCAUUUGAGGUAUUAUCUCUAUCAUGGAGAUAUCAAUUUGGGAAUGAUGUUUGAUUUACUGUUUAAAAAGUGAACCACUAAUUGAAUCCUUAAAAUUGCUGUCACUUUACAGAUGUAGUAAAGAAUAUUUAUACAGUUAGUGAUCAUUGGUGUUUGGUUUAACUUAUAGUCUAUACAUGUAUUGAGUCUGGAACAAGUUCCUUUCUUUAUCCUUUCUUUAUCCUUUUAAGAUCUAUCCUUUUAAAAUUAGGCCAUGUGUUUACUGACUUAUUUGAGUUAUAACACCUAUAGAUGAUCAAAGUGUAAAUCAUCAGUUGUUCAUUUUCAUCAUGAAUAAAUUAUAUUAAACGGUUAUGAAACACAUUUUGAUAAAUGUUCACAAGCCUAUGUGAGGGGAAUAGCAAA